AUGGCACCAGGCGACACAGUAUACAACCCCUCGACAGGCGUGUCCUUCUUCGAAGACACACAUGAUGGACUGUGGUAUGUCGAUCUUCCGCGAGAGGCUGUCCGCGACGAUGUCGAAGCUGCUCUGAUCCUCAUGCAUAUUCAUUCGCCAAAUGUCCUUCUGUGGUACAGACUCGACGCUCGACCGAACAAUACCCUUCAGAUCGUUAUGAGACUGCCCAACGACAUAGCUCCCAAUGUCUUCUUCCCUGCAGAUGAGACUGUGUCGAUUGCACAGAUCAUCCGCUCUAUGGCUGGGCGAGUAGCGACGACACAGAAUCAGGCUGCUGCUCGUCCAAGCACAGGUUCUUCGCACGCAACCAUUGAUGCCACAAACCUAGGUCCAACUCGAAGUGUGUCGCGUUCACCGAGCGCAACGAUGGACGCUCAAACUGCCGACGCCGACGAAGCCUUAGCCCCACCGUUCACUCGUUCGCCAGCUCCAUCACCAGAAAUAGUCGCCGAAGCGAACUCUCCCGCUCUCCUCUCCGACCCACGCCGCCUCAGCGGCCAGCUCGACGACCACCAGCUGGCCUGCCUUUCCAACACCUUCGCGCAGAUGCGGAAAUGGGAGCCCACGGUAGACCUCAUCACGGCCAUAAUCUACCUCGAAGCCUCCAACUGGAUUCCCUCUCUAGCGCUGCAGGACUACCAUAACUACCUCCGCGCCACCAAAUGGCUCAGACCCGAGGCCUGGUCUGCAAGAAAUGCCUUCAACGAGCGUGUCGACCGCAUGCCCGCCCAGGCCGGCCAUCUCUUCGCACGCACUAAGCUCACCAUCACGAUCAAGACCUCCAAGGACGGAAAGUCGACCAAGAUCUACGCCUACGACGAGACCCUCCACGACGCAUUCGACCCCUUCUCCCUCCGUAACGUCCUCCGCCUCAACCGCGAGCGCUUCGACUUCUUAGCGGACAGCCUCGGUGUUCGCCCCACCAAUCACAACGGCAAUGAUCAGUGGCACCCACUCGAAAAGCUCGAUAUCACGAACCGUUACCUCCUCCGCAAGCGCUCCAACACCCCGGGCUUCCCAGAUUGGAAGUCCCUGGCAGAACAACACAACAAUGCGUUCGAGGAGCAGCCGCUUCCGGGCUGGGGCAUUGUGGCGAAGCAGCGGGCCAACGUGGACAAAGAUGUCGACCGAUGGUGGCUGCAGGAGCAUGCGCAUAAGGGGACUGAGCAGCGCCAUAAUGCUGGGCAGAAGGAUGCGAGGGAGGCUGUGGAGAAGAUGAGGAGAGAGGCGAAGGAGCGGUAUGAGGAGCGGAAGGGGCAGUUUGGGGAUGGGAUUGAGGCGUGGGAGGAAGAGUGGAAGGAGACGUAUGGGGCGGGGGAUGAGCAUGCGUCUACUGACGGUGACGAAGCCCCAAAGAGUCAAGGCAAGGGCAAGGAGAAGGAGCGUGAUGGUUAG